AAUUUCUUGAACAAAGUUAUGUCCUAAGUUGUGCAUUAUGUCCUUUUAUAAAUUUCUGUAUUAAUAUAGACCUUUUUAUUCUGAAUUAUUAAAACUUGAAAAAAUUGAGACUUUUCUCUGAUGAACUAUUUUGAUGUUAAACUUUGUUAACAAAUUUUAAUGUUAAAAGGAUUUAGAUUUGUUUUGGAGGAAGAACAAAAAAGUGUGGCCAUGGAGUGCUGGAACACGAUUACUAGAGAAUUCAACUUUCCUAGAUUCAGAUGAAGAGUCAAUAUAUACUAUACGCCACAAAACUGAACCGCAGAAAUUCAUCGUUUGACGGAAAUGUAUUUACAGAAAGAAACUUCAAGCAAGGUGUUUUUGCAAGAAGAAAAGUCACUAAAGUUUCCUGAGGUUCUUAUUUGCAAUCUGAACCCAAUUAAAGACAAAAUGAUCGAAAAGUUUUUACGACAAGGAAAUGAAGCUCAUGUAGAACUCUUUAAGAAGAAUUGGUCAAGUCUGGAGUACCUUCAUUACGCGUUAGUGCGAAAAAUAGGACUUGAUUCUUUUCAAAGUAACUACUCUAACAAUAUGAGAGUCAGAUGUGACUGGAUGGGCAAAAAUUGUUCCUACCUUGCUGAGAAUUACUUUGAUAUUUAUCAUGGCAACUGUAUCAAUCUUAACCUUGACAAAUUGAACAUUGAAGUGACAAAUAAAGGACUGCAUCAAAGUGCUAAACUCUCAAUAGAAGCUCCCUACAGUUCUAAAUUUCACGAGUAUAACAUCAGUCAUUUUCGUGGUAUUCAAAUCCUUAUCCAAGAAACUGAGACGUUGUAUUAUCCUUUUGCAGAUGGGUACACCUUAUCGGCUGGAUUUAGACACAAUAUCGCCUUAAAGAAAAGCCUUAUUAAAAGAAUCGAUCGUUUCGGUAACAACACUUGCAUGAAAGAAAGCUGGGUAAAAGAAAAAUCAUUCAGUUUUGAACUUCCGGAAUCAUUGUUUUUUCACGAUAAAUUUUUUUGUCAAGAACUUUGCACCAUAGAUGAUGAAGUUAAACAGUGCGGUUGUUCGAAGACGGCGGAAAUUUUAUUGGUAAAUGCAAGUCUUCUUUGCAAAAUAAACAAUACAUGCAUACAUAAUGUCAACUAUGACGCAAAAUGCCUUCAUCAAUGUACUCCGCCCUGUUAUGAAACAAAUUACAAUCUCGACAUAUCAAGUUACAUAGCUAAUGAUUAUCAAUCAAGCAAUUCGAUGGACAUUGUAAAUUUACAAAUUUUCUACCGAGAUAUGAGGACAGAAAUUUGGGAAGAAACUCAAAAAUUUGGUCUCUUGCAUUAUAUCUGUGAAAUUGGUGGUCUUCUUGGUUUGUUAUCUGGUUAUUCCGCUAUUACCUUGUGUGAAGUUGCAGGUCUACUGUUUACUCUUUGUGGUUAUUGUGCGGUUAAUUGUAAUAGAAAAACUCGUAAAACUAGUAAUAAUAUGCAAACUGAGAAGAUACCUGAUGAGAGUAUGCCUGAUGAGAAGAUACCUGAUGAGUGUGAAUAAAAACAAUGUGAAUAAUUGUGACCACAACAGCACAAGUGCGAAAGAAAAGGGCAAUCCCUAGAAAUAUAUCAUUGUAUAAUAAUGAAUGUGUUUCCCAAACUGAGUAAGUCUGUAAAUAUAGGACACAACGAUAGGUAAACGUUAGUGUGUUAAAACGUAAAUUAGUAAGGCUUUUUGUACGUUAUAAUAAACAUGUUUGUUUAUAUUAUUUGUGUAUUGUUUAUUUUUAAUCUUACUUUACUCGUGCUGGGGACAAAAUGCAAAAUUUAGUUGAUUUCGUUGGUGUGUAAAAAGAUUUUUUUCAAAAAUUACUUAUUCUUCUAUUUUUCUAAGAUUUUCCAUUUUCUAAAAUAUCUUAUUAGAAAAUAUUUUCACUGCUAAUAAAAAAUAUAGGUUCAUAUAUCUUAAAAAGAGAUGCUUGGACAUCUGUUCAGCAA